AAAUGACCAUUUGUACCCACGAAAGAUACAAACGCUGUCAAAUGUAACCAUAGAAGAAGGAAACUCACCUUGUAACCAUGGAAGAUGACCUCCGUGUGCCAGAAAUACCCUGACCUUGGUUACGCACUUGGUCCGUUAAUAUCCGAACCUAUGUGGCAACAAAACCACUCCAAACCUAUCUACGUGUAACCCAUUUUUUUAUUAAGAAAUAGAAAAAAACCCUUACACCUUCUCUGUGCCGUAGCAGAGCUCCAUUGUUGUCACCAUUGCCAUUCCAAAUCGAAGAAGAAGACCAGAGUACCUCCAUUUCGCAACAGAGACAUUUCUCUAGUUUAAUCAAGUCGUUGCUUCACUACCUGCAGGCCACCAUUGUCUGCAUCUCGCCGUCCACACUACCCGUAGCCCACCAUUGUUGUAUGCAUCUCGUUGUCCACUAUCCAUAAUUUUACCAUCGUUACUCUACAGAGAACAGAGAUAUGUCAUUACCAGUUUUUCCAUCUUAGAAUAUUUUCAGAAUUUUUGGGUUAGGAUUAGAUUUUCAAUUGCUAUGUUGCUGUCUGUAAUUACAUGGGAUGGUACCUUACAUCUAUACUGUAUUGGUUGCAGGGAUGGCCACUGUGCAUAUUACUCUGUGUAUUAAUCAUAGGGGGAGAUUUGAGCGAGGUCCAUGUGAGAAGCUUGGGUAUGUUGGUGGAGAAGUAACAGAGAUUGAAAGGGUUAAUGUGGAUACUCUCAAUGGAUUUUUCAUAAAUGAUUUGCUAAGGGACAUUGGAUAUACAUCCAUUACUGAUUUUUAUUGGCUAGAACCUGGUAAGGAGCUUGAUAAUGGGUUAAAAUUGUUAAGGGUUGAUAUGGACAUAGUUAAGUUGUAUGAGGCUGCUGUGAAGAAUGGUAACAGAAUUUACUUAUACACAGAGCACCCUGUAAAUGAUCCUGUUAUUGUUGAAGAGAAUAUUACUCCAUCAAAGGUGAGAUUGAAGACUUGUGCUAAGAGAAAUCCAACUCCAAAGAAGACUCCAAGAAGAAGACUUAUGGAUGGUGAGGUCCAGAAUAGGAAAGAGGUCCAUGAAGCAAGCAGCCAGAUUGAGGUUGAGUCCCAAGAGGAGGAUAUUGUUAAUGUGGCCCAACAAAUAUCUCCAGCAAAAUAGAUGUCUCAGCCUCCCACAACACUUGUGCAACCAUAUGAGGCACCUUCCAAUCAAUCACAGCCUUCACAAAAUCCCAUUGAACAAGAGCAGCAACCAAUACAUACUGCUGGUUCAACAUCUCCAAAUACAUUUUUUGUCUCAUUAUCUAGUGAGAACGAGGCCCAAGCAGCUGAAUAAGUAACCCAAUACAUUCCACAGCCAUAUAGAAACCCACUUUCACAAUCAAACCCUAAAUCAGACCUAGUCCCACCAUCUGAUACUAACAGUACUCCUCAAAACAAUCAGACCAACACAGAUGAGCAGGUUGAGGGAAGACCUAAGGUGAGCAAGAGAAGAUCAGCAAAAAGGCCUCCCCCAACUGGACAAUCCUUCAUACCCAAUCCUGAUCCUGACAAGCCUCCAUCCAUCUAUGUGCCUGUUGAGUCAGAAGAAUUUUCAGAUGAAAAUGCUGGAUACCAUUGUUAUGAAUCCGAAGAAUUGAGAAGCAUAGCAAGUGAUGAAGAUGCUGAUCAGCCUCCAGUCUUUCCUCAAAGCAAUGCUGAUGCUCCUGUUAGCCAAUUGUUUAGUUGAUGAGAACUAAUUGUUUUGCUGUAUUACUUCAAUAUUGUUUUAAUCUGAAUUAGACUUUUAGGCUUAUUUUUUUGGUAUGUUUCAUGUAAUCAAGAGAGAUGACAGACUCUUCUGUUUCAUUCUGUUGUUAUGAUGUUCUGAGCACAGUCUCUAGACUCUUUAAUUUUAUUUUGGUAAUAUGAGGUACUCUUUAACAAAUACUACACUCUUGUGUUUCUCUAUGAAUCCACAAUGUAUCACAAGCUGAAGUUUGUUUUAA